AUGAUUUCAAACACGACAGAAACCCAAGUUUCCGCGCCGAAGAAGCAGAAGAAACUGAAGCCUGCGCGCAAGCAGGUGAAACCUGGUGAAGUGGAGAAGAAGGAGGCGCCUCAAACCGGGAAAGAGUACAACAUCUGGUACAACAAGUGGGCUGGUGGGGACCGCGAGGAUAGCUAUUCAAACAAGGUCAAGUCGCAGACGCGUUGCAACAUCAAGCGGGACUCGGGGCUCACACGUGCGAAUACGACGGGCGUGAAGUACUGCUGCCUCUUCUUCGCGCGGGGAUGCUGUCCGUAUGGCUGGGAAUGCGAAUAUUUACAUAUGCUCCCGGAUCCAUCGACCGCGCUGCCGGACACGUCGAAGGACUGCUUUGCGCGCGACAAGUUCGCCGACUAUCGAGAUGAUAUGGGUGGUGUUGGUAGCUUUCAGAGGCAGAACCGUACGCUGUACAUUGGGCGGAUCAAGGAGACGGGCACGGGCGUGGAGACGGAGGAGGUUGUGAGGAGGCAUUUCAAGGAGUGGGGAGAGAUUGAAAAAAUCCGAGUGCUGCAGUAUCGCAGCGUCGCAUUCGUGACCUACGUGUCCGAGUUUAACGCGCAAUUUGCCAAGGAGGCAAUGGCGUGUCAAUCCCUCGAUAACGAUGAGAUCCUGAACGUUCGUUGGGCGACAGAGGACCCCAAUCCAGUGUCCAAGGUGGAGGAGAAGCGUCGCUUGGAGGAAAUUGGCCGUGAAGCCAUUCAAGCUCGCAUGGACCCGCGAAUUGUCGACGCCGUACGGGCACUCCGAGCGCUUGAGGAUGGGGAUAUAUUAGAUGAAGGCGUCGAGGAGGUACAAGAAGAAGGGGACGGAGAACCUCAGGCGAAGAAGCGAAGGCUCGAUAUUGAAGGCGCACCGGAUACUCAGCUGGAACGAGAGCAAGGUCACGAAGAGGAAGAACAGUCACCACAGCCCACGGGUCUCCUCAGCGCGGACACUUUGGAGAGUCUGAAGUAUUUCGCCGAGAUCCAGAAGCGGAAUGGGCUGGGUGGAAAAGUCGUACGGGCUGUUCCUGCACCAAAGCCACCAUCGGAUGGGUUGGGACUGGCGGACUACGGUAGUGAUGAGGAUUAA